GUGUGCAUUAGCCAACAGGACGUGUCCACCUGGCCAGGUGUGGAACACCAAGCAGUGUCAGUGUAUCAGCAUGGCUUCGGUUGUUAAGCCCCCUCCUCCACCACUGCUUCAUCUACGAUCACCUCAGCAGCACCAUGACGUACUCUCAUCAGAUUUGUGUGGCCCAGAUAAAGAGCUAGAUGUGGAAAGCUGCCAGUGUGUGUGCCGUCUUGAAAAUCCAACUCGUGACUGUGGGCCUAAGCGACACUUGGACCGAAACACUUGCCAGUGCGUCUGCGACAUGCUGCCUGCUCCUUCCUGCCCCCAGAACCACAUCUUCAACAAAGAGACCUGUCAGUGCACGUGUAAUAAGACCUGUCCGAGGCACCAGCCCCUAAACAAGACGAAAUGCUCCUGUGAAUGUAACGAAUCACCAAAUAAGUGUUUUCUGAGAGGAAGAAGGUUUCACCAAGCAACAUGCAGUUGUCUUAGGCCUCCAUGUGAGGUGAGGAGACGGAAGUGUGAAGCAGGUUUCUUCUUCAGUGAGGAGGUGUGUCGCUGUGUCCCCUCGCAUUGGAGGCGCUUGGACUAAUAUCUGGCUCAUAACUCGCCAUCAAGAUGCAAACUUUAAACAGUUCAAUACAUCACCUAUCACUUGUAGACCUGCUGGUCAACAGGAUUCUUAUCAGCCAUGGUGGCAGCUAAGUGAGUGGAUCCUGAUGGACUUGGGGAAACCGUUGGGAUUGGAAUGCAAAUUAUUGGAAAUUGAACAUAGAAAGGUGAAAAAUGCACUGAUUUUCUUUUGAGGACAUUUAAAUGGAGAAUGAAUGACAAGACGGGAGGAAGAACUGCAGGAUUAAAAGAGUCAACACUCGAACUUGGUUAAAUAAUGCGUUUUAAAAUAUUUGGAAAUUCUGUCUCAGUAUUCUGAUGUGAAAAAUUGAUUAUAUUAUUUAUUAAAUGCUAUUUUCAUCCUUCGUUUAUUGCAAUUUCUGUAUUUUUUAUAAAAAUACACUGUGAUCAAUAUUUUUGUAUCAUGUAUGUUAAGUAUAUGUGUGUAAAAUAAAGUAUCCUGGAUGUUGUAAUAAA